AUGAAUUUUAAAGAGCACAAUAAUCAGCAGUUGGCCAGGAUGACUGAGUUUAUGGAUCAAGAAGCAGAGCAAAUAGUGCAGGAUAUCAAUGACAUGGCUGAAGAAGAGUAUCAUAUUCAAAAAGGCGAACUGAUACAUAAAGGCAUAGAGGCCAUAAAACAGGCGUACAACAAGAAAAUGGUACGCAUCGACAGGGAAAAAGCGACAAUGAUACCUACUCACAUGACCAAAGCCAAAUUGGAGAUACUGUUGAACAGAGAUGAAUACAUCAAGUCGGUGUUGGCAGCCGUCAAUGAAGAGCUCGUUGAAUUACGCAAAGAUCAAAACUCACAUAAACCGAUCCUUAAGAAGUUAAUACUUCAGGCAAUGUAUCAAAUGUUGGAAAGAAAAAUAGAUUUGAUUGUGAUACCCACUGAUGUCAAUAUGGUGAAGUCGAUGAUUGGAGAAUUACAAAAAGAUUAUCUGGUCGGCACAGGGUUGAACGUGGAUAUCAAUAUUGACAACUGCUUAAAGUUGUCUGAACAAGAGAUUGGCGGCGUGAUGGUGACUACCCAAAAACGUAGGAAAUUUGUAGACAACACACUGGUGAUGCGGUUAAUAUAUUUAGCUAUACAAGCGGUACCACUCAUUCGCAGUGGACUGUUUGGGCCAAAACCUACUAGAAAACACCAAUACACAGACUUAUGAAAUCUUUUAUUCAAAAUAUCUAUAAGGAAUUAAAUUUAGGAAAAGUUAUCAC